GAUAUUUUCGCCGUGGUAGCACUUUUAUUAAACCCUUACAUUUAUUGUAGUUAAUUAAUACUCGUUUUGGCAACCUCAGCCAACUUCGUUUUCCAUUCGUUACAUUCCGCUUCUAUAAAGUUAUUUUAUGAUUGGUACUGUGCUAGCCUUUUUCUCUUUAUUUUCCGAAGCAAUGGCGGCCGCACGUGAACGUACUUUUAUUAUGGUUAAACCUGACGGAGUCCAACGCGGAAUUGUUGGAAAAAUAAUCAAAAGAUUUGAAGAAAAGGGAUUUAAAUUGAUUGCUUUAAAAUUCAUGUGGGCUUCUGAGGACCUUCUAAAGCAACAUUAUGCUGAACUAGCAGGGAAACCAUUCUUCCCUGGCCUAAUUAAUUACAUGAACAGUGGGCCAGUUGUGCCUAUGGUUUGGGAAGGAUUAAAUGUUGUGAAGACUGGCCGCCAAAUGCUUGGUGCUACUAAUCCUGCAGACAGUGCACCAGGAACAAUCAGAGGAGACCUGUGUAUUCAAGUUGGAAGAAAUAUUAUUCAUGGUUCUGAUGCAGUAGAAACAGCCAACAGAGAAAUUGCCUUAUGGUUCACAGAAAAGGAACUAAUCCAAUGGAAACCAGCCAUUGAAUCUUGGGUUUAUGAAGACUAAAUUCUUUUAAAUAU